AGGAUUCUGCGCAAAGCGGAAGGAAGAGGCUUCUCAUUAAAAUGAUUUGAAUUGGCAACAAGUAUCAAGAUGGAGCAGUUCCAGCGUGCCCACAUGGUGGCUCCAGCAGCUUCCACAGCCACUGCACCAACUUCUACAAUGAGUGCAUAUACCUAUAGUGGAUUAGAGGAGUUCCUGGUGCCUGCUCCUGUUCAAGUUGACAUUGGGAACAAUGUUGCAAGACAAAUAAGUCAACAGAUACAACAUGUGCAAUUCACAAGUGUUUCACAGAUGCAGCCAGUACAGUUAACUACUGCUACCACUAACCCCUCAUCAAGAACUUCCCAAAGUCCAGCACUAGGAACACAUGUAGGAACAUCUGUUGAACCUUCACCACCAGCGAAGUCUUCAUCUAGAUCACGUGUAAGAAGUGGUACUGGAGAACGUGUCGUUUGCCCAGAAUGUGGAAAAUCUCUAGCAUGUGGACCAAAUCUUACUGAACACAUGCGCACACAUACUGGAGAACGUCCAUUUGUUUGUCAUGAAUGUGGGGCUUCCUUUGCUGCAAAAUCAAAUCUUAGAACUCAUAAACGAUUGCAUACAGGUGAAAGACCAUACAUGUGUGGUGUUUGUGGUAAAACUUUUUCACAAAGCUCUCAUUUGCCAAGUCACAUGCGAGUUCACACUGGGGAAAGACCAUAUGAGUGUCCUGAGUGUCCUAAAUCAUUUUCAUCUAGCACGACCUUGAGAAAUCAUCUUCGUAUACAUAGAGGAGAUUGCCCAUUUAAAUGUGAAUACUGUGGUAGAGGAUUUGUGUGUAAAUCUUGGCUUCAAGAUCAUUAUAAAGUACAUACUGGAGAAAAACCUUUCCAGUGUGACAUUUGUAAUAAGUGGUUUAAAGAUAAAUCGUAUAUAACUAAACACAAAAUGAAAUAUUGUGGCAAUGAUGGCUAUAAGAAGAGAUGGAGACGUCCAGGAGUAAAGAAACCACCAGGGAGAAAACCAGGUGGUAUAGCAAAGGCCAAAGUAUAUGAGGAAGAGGAUGCUGACCAACCAAAGCGUCCAAGAGGCCGUCCAAAAGGGUCAAAAAACAAAAGGGGAAGGAAACGAAAGCCAGUGAAUGUGAAGAAAAAACGAAGUAAUGCAGCAACAGAUUCUGAUGCUGAAUUUGAAGAGAUGCUUCAAGAACACGAGUCAGAGAGACCAGAGGGAAGCAAUUCAGAAAAACUAGAAGAUGGUGAUGGUAAAGAAAGAUUAACAUUGUUAGAUUCAGACAAACAUGAGUUUUUAGAUUCUGAAAGACAGGAAUUACUUGAAGCAGAGAGGCAAGAUAUGCUUGAAAUAGAAAAACAAGAAAUACUCAGUUCAGAAGUAGAUGGCACAACCUCGAUUCAGGAAGAACCCUCAGUUGAAGAUGUUAAAGGGUCUUAUUUACACCUAAAUGCUAUCAGACUAAGUGACACACACCAGCAUGAGGACCCUCGGCAAGAUCACCGACAGGAGCAGAAACACCACCAUUACCAGCAGCAGUAUCAGUUUGAAGCCUCUGCUGAUCAGUCAACAUCAGAAACUCAUUCUGGAAAGAACAGCGAGUCGCUCUCUUUACAACAUAUUCCUAUGGUGCAGCUACAUGUUCACAUGCCCCAUAAUUCAUUACCUACUCAUGUUCAGCAAACUCACAUGCAGCAAAAUCAUGUUCAUCAGUCAAUUUCUCAACCUCAGAACCUUGUGCAGCCCCAAAACCUAACACAGUCCCAGAAUAUUGUACAGCCCCAAAACCUUGUCCAACCACAAAACCUUGUACAGCCACAAAAUCUUGUUCAGCCUCAGAACUUAGUGCAGCCCCAGAAUCUUGUUCAACCACAAAACCUUGUUCAACCACAGAAUCUGUCUCAGUCAGAAAGCCUGAAUCAACCACAAAAUCUAUCACAACCACAAAAUCAUUCUCAGCCUCAUAAUCUCUCACUAUCUCAGAGUCUUUCUCAGCCACAAAAUCUUUCUCUGGCUCCAAAACUAGUUCAGUCCCAUAGCAUGCAUCAGCCCCAAAACUUGUCACAGCCCCAGAAUCUUGCUCAGCCACAAAAUUUAUCCCAGCCACAAAAUCUUUCUCAGUCCCACAGUCUGUCACAAACCCAGUCAAUGUCACAACCACAGAAUCUUUCUCAGUCACAAAAUUUAUCCCAGACUUCAAAUAUGUCUCAACCCCAAAAUCUAUCGCAGAAUGAUAAUUUGUCUCAGCCCCAGAAUCUCUCACAGCCUCAAAACCUUUCUCAGCCACAGAACUUAAGUCAAACACAUGUUUCAUUACAGGAUCAUUUAACGCAGCUAAACCAACCUCACCAGACCAUACAUAUGGUUUACUAUAACCCAUACCCUGUAUUUAGCCCACGCCUCCCAUUUCGUGAACCAUGGAUUUAUAGUAACACUGAUUUGCUUGUGUCAGCAGUCACAUUCAACAUAGGCACAUUCUUAAAAACUAUUACAACUUUUAUUGUUAUAUGGCCUUUCCCAGUAACCACGAGCAAAUGCAAUAAUGCCAGCAAUAACCACGUCUCUUAUUGCUGCGAUAACGAAGGAAUUUCGGCGUCGUGCAGCUUUGAAAACGUUUCAUUCUGUGAAGUGUCAGUGAUGUACAGUAACCAUAAUCAAAUAACUAGAAUCCCCUUUCGAAGACCAGCAUUACAUUCCAUUUCAAGUGCCGGCGAUUUCGCACAGGCCGGAUAUGAACGAGUAUACGUGAUGAUCUUCUUAUUUGAUGAGAUACUUCCGGUAAAGCUUCAUCCCACCAGAGUAUUGGAACCUUCACGUUGCCAGCUCUUUCAAGAUGGCGGCGGCUUCCAAGGCUUCUUUGUUCGCGAAGGCUUCCGACUACUCCUAUCGGGCGGUGUGACAAAAGCUGAAUAUUUCGCUAAUCCUGCCUGGAUCAUUGCGUGGCUGGUGAUGAGAGGGGUCAAGUUCUUGAUCUUUGAUGCACAAAUUUCUCUACUAAGGAAUACUACCACAAAAAAUCAACUGAUAUACCAAACUACUGUAAAAGGACAGUGGACGCAAACCCCCCUCUACGCCUCCUUUAUAAGCACUUUGUGCCAAAUGCCGCCACAAUUUUAUUAUAAGGAUUUGUCUCAUAUCUUCAGUGUAGAAGAUGAAGUGAGAGGAGCAGGGGCCCUAGAGUGGAGUGUCACCAUGUGUCAGCAUUUAAUCCUGAAUAAGCAAAUUGGAAGCCAGCAUCAGAAACAACCUGAUAUCCCAUACUUACACAAGCUCUGCUCAUUUAAUUUUGCAGAUGAAGUGAGAGGAGCAGGGGCCCUAGAGUGGAGUGUCACCAUGUGUCAGCAUUUAAUCCUGAAUAAGCAAAUUGGAAGCCAGCAUCAGAAACAACCUGAUAUCCCAUACUUAUAUGUAGCCAACCUGCUGGGAAGAAUUUUAUCUUGUAACAAUACUGACCAUUGGCAAGAUACAAGAUGGAGCAAAGUCAAAAUACAUCGGGCACUGUUGAUAUUGCAAGACAAAUCAAUCAGCAAGUGCAGUUGCAGUAUGGGAGUCUUCAAGCAGUUCCUGCUCAGCAACAUCAAUCAUGUGGCCCAUCAUCCACAACACCAUCCUCCACCUCCAACACCUGAACCUCCUGUUACUCCCAAACCACCCAAACCUCGUGCCAGGCCAGCAAAUGGUGAGCGGGUUCCAUGUGCAGAGUGUGGGAAGACAUUUUCCUGUAAUGCCAAUUUGCGAGAUCACAUGAGGUUGCAUACUGGUGAGAGACCAUUUAGCUGUAGUGAGUGUGGAAUGUCAUUUGCUCAGCGUUCAAAUUGGAGGUUACAUAAACGUGUUCAUACGGGAGAGAGACCUUACAUGUGUGGCAUAUGUGGAAAAACCUUCUCGCGUAGCUCCCAUUUACCAGGUCACAUGAGAGUUCAUACAGGGGAAAGACCAUAUUCCUGCGAACAUUGUGACCAUGCUUUUGCAUCGGCUCAAGCGCUAAAAAAUCAUGCUCGUACGCAUACUGGAGAGAAGCCAUUUGUAUGUGAAUAUUGUCAGACUGCUUUCACACAUAGUUCAUCAUUAUCUUCACAUAAGAAAAGGUGUACUGGUGAAAAGAGAAAACGUGGUAGACCAUUAGGAAGUGGUAGAAAAGCUUACCGGAAAAAACCUACUGGAAGACCUCGGGGAAGGCCAAGGAAGAAAGUCAGGUAUGGAAAGAGAGGUCGAAGGAAGAAUCCUGUUAAUGAAGAUGCAGCCAUAGAUUCAAAAGAAGGAGCAAAAACGUUGAUUAAGGCUGAGAUCCAUGCUGACAGCAAUGAUGAUGCUCAAGGGGCUGGACAACCAACUAUUCAGGCAAAGGAAGAACUUGAAGAAAUUCCAACUGUUGAAAUUGAUCCAGAGUCCAUAAAUGUGGAGCAUGGUGACUUGGAUGCUGAUCCCUUAGCACUGGAUGAAACAAUGUCACAUGAGGAGGUUCUUAAUCAAGAAAGUAUACCUCAGGAAAACCAUCUCACCCAUGAAAUGGUGCGAGCCGAAGAAGUAGUGUCUGUUGCAGUGGCAUCAGCCGGACUAGAGGAAACGAGUGAUUUGCAUCAAGAGGCAGCAGUUGCUAUGGCUGCAUUGCAUGAGGGAGCAGCACUUAACUUAGCUCAUCACCAGCUGCCUCAAGAAACCUAUGUUGAAAGAGAUGCUUCUCAUACUAUGUGGUAUCCAAAACAACCUUAUUAAGUUGUGUGAUUGUCUUAUACAGAUAUCUUCAACAUAAUUUUUCCCCCAAACUUAAUCUUUUCUUUUCAUUUAGUAAUUUUCACCUUGAAUAAUAGAUAUUGGCAUGAUUUCCUUCACUGACCCAUAUCCCACAAUGCGGUGGCAAUGACCAAACAUGAAGUGGUCGUGGAAUUCCAGAAAAAAAAAGAAUGUCAUUUAGUGUAUGAUACACUGUUCCAUAUGGAACAUAUGGUUUUACUUUUAAUAUUAUUUUUGUACUGAACUAAUAACUGCUUAUGUAUUUUGUAGGCAAGUUUCACAAUGAACAUCAGGAGGAAAUGCCUUGUAAAUCGUUGAACUUUUAUAGAACUUUAUAUGUAUAUAUAUAUGUAUAUUUUUUUGUGAUCCUUGUAAAGCUUGAAAGAAAGAAAAAAUUGUUAUAUGAUUUAUGCAAGCUCAUUACUUCCACAUUGUGAAACUAUUGCUCGUUCAGUUUUUUUAGUUUAUAAGAAGAGAAAAUAAGAUAUUUUACUCCUGACCAAUCAACUGUUGUACAGUGAGGAAAUAGAUAUUGGAUUUAGUUGAAUUGUAGUAAGUCACUUCUAAUAUGCGGUCCUCAUCGUAUGAAUUGAAAUUAAUUCCUAUCGUAACAAUGACUGUUAAACAUUGAUAUUUCAGAUAUACAAAAAGUUAUUGUUUGAAAGCUGAAUAUGUAGUUUCUCACUUCUGUCAUAAUAAAUCUUGAGAAUUUUU